AUGUCGCAUUACGGAGGUUCCCAACAAAACCAAUACAACGGCAGUGGUCAAUACUACGACCAACAAGGCCAAGGGUAUUACCCCGCGCAACAAGGCCAUCCCCAGCCUCAACAAGGCUAUUAUCCAGAGGGCCAACCCGCUUACGGUCAACACGCACCUCAGCAGUCUUACGGGCAGCAGUACCAACAGGGACCAUAUCAAGGUGGUCCGGGAUACGGCCAGCCUCAGCAAGACCGCGGUCACUCGCCCUACCCGCCUCAGCAGCAGCAGUACCAACAGGGUGGUGAAAGUUCCUCUUACUAUGGUGGUGCGCCACCUCAGCAACAGGGAGCCCCUGGAGCACCUGGAGCUGAGGGUGAGAGGGGACUCGGGUCUACUUUGAUGGGUGGUGCUGCUGGUGGGUUCAUGGGUCAUAAGUUGGGUCAUAGUGCGCUUGGUACCGCUGGCGGCGCCGUUCUGGGUGCUGUUGGAGCCAAUAUUCUGAAUAACAAAUUGUGA